AUGGCGUCGGUAGUGGCGGCGGAUGCCCCUCCGCAGCUAAAGCCAUAUGCCUGUGUUUUAUGCCAGCAGCGCAAGGUCAAAUGUGACCGUCAGAGCCCAUGUUCAGGUUGCCGCAGGUAUGAGAUCAACUGUAUAUACCGCCCGCCACCAGCUCCAAAACGGCGCAAGAGAAGGUCCCCGGAGGAAACCCUGCUUGCUAGGCUGCGCAAAUACGAAGAGCUCCUCGUUGGAUUGGGAGUGGACGUGAACAAUAUCGACGAAAAUAAGCCCGAUAACCAUCCUGCAGCUUCAGAAACACCCGCUGGCAGUGGUAGUAAAGCAGAGCCUGAUAGUGAGCAGGGAGAAUUGAAAAACCAGUUUAGCCGAAUGAUAAUCGGGGAUGGUAAGACACAACUUCUCGAGAACAGCCUAUGGGUGAAUUUGAGCAGUGAGAUUGGAGAUCCCGAUACGAUUUUGGACACAGCUGGCGACAGUAGCGGAGACCCUUUCCAGUCAACGGAGGAUUCUCCUCGCUCAGAUGGGGGUGAAUUCAUUAUUUCUGGAUCUACUGGGGGAUCGGGCAGCUUACGCGCGUUACAUCCUGAUACAAUACAGGUAUUUAAGCUAUGGCAAAUAUAUAUCGAUAAUAUGGACCCAGUGACGAAGUUGUGCCAUAAGCCGACCGUCCAGCAACAGAUAUUGGAUGCAACAUCAGACUUGGAUAAUAUUUCCAAACCUGUCGAGGCACUCAUGUUUGGGAUUUAUACAUGUGCGGUUGCCUCUUUGCGGGAAGAUGACUGUAUUUCUCGACUCGGGGAAACACGAGAGGCGCUACUUGGCAGGUUCCAUCUGGGAGCCAAGCGUGCGUUGGCCAGGGCAGACUUCCUAACUAGUUUGGAUUUGACAGUGUACCGAGCUUACCUUUUAUAUUUGCUUUCCCUAAGAGAAUUUGUAGACGCACAGACAUUGUGGGUGUAUAGUGGUGUAGCGAUGCGGAUAGCACAACGCUUGGGACUCCACAGGGAUGGCGCUCGCUUUGGCCUGCCUAUAUUUGAAGUUGAGAUGCGGCGGCGCCUCUGGUGGCCCACAGUCUAUUUUGACGGUCUCUGUGGGGAAUUAUGCGGCAUGGGCGCAUCCCUAGCCGCUGGCUCCUCUUGGGAUACCAAACUUCCGCUAAACGUCAACGACACUGAAAUUACCCCCGGCAUGCGAGACCUACCGAUAGAACACAAAGGUAUCACGGAAAUGAGCUUCUGUCUGGUGCGAUAUGAGGUAGGCCUGCUACUUCGGGACUUAGCUACUCGGAACACAUUUGACGGAGCAUGGGGAGCAGUGACCGACCAGUCAGUGACGUUGAGUGACCGACUCAAACGUAUUGACAGCUUGGAGGCACUUCUGCAAAGCAAAUAUAUGCAAUAUUGCGAUACGUCGAUAUCCUUCCACCUAUUGACUUGGAUAGUCGGCUACAGUUGCAUUAUAAUGCUGAGAUUCCGCGCACGCUCAUUCUCAGCCGAUGCCCAGAAAUCUCAAGAGGUCCGCGAUGCUUUGUUCACGGAUACCCUACAAAUAAUAGCAAACUACCAUACUUUCCGCCUGGAUCCAGGGGUCCAACGAUAUUACUGGCAUGUCAGUGCACACUUCCAGUGGCAUGCCUUUAUCCACCUACUAAUCGAGCUUCAGACACGUACGGAAGGGAAACAGGUUGACAGCGCAUGGCAGGAACUUGAGAACGUGUAUACCUCGAAACCAGAGCUGUUGUCAGAGACCAAGAACCCGCUUUACAUUGCGAUUGGAAACCUGGCUUUAAAGGCUUGGGAUGCAAGGAAGGCUGCUCUUGCGCAAUUUUCAGGCGGCAUUAACCAAGAGCCCAUUGUAACCCCUUUCUUUAUCGAACCCCUACGAGCUCGGCGCACGGCAUCUACUAGUCAAUCAUCGGCACCGUCACCUCAGACAGCGGCUACCGGUGGACAAAACACUUCCCAAACAUACCUGCCAGCUGGUGGUCAGAGCCAGAUUUCAGCGACACAACCGCUAUUCCCACCUGCCAACAUGGCGGUACCCACAUACGGAAUAUCCAAUAAUCACGGGAUGAUGUCAAACAUCCCUUCCUCCGGUGCUGCGACAACCUAUGCGCUUCCGGACUACCCUGUUGACUGGUCUCAAUGGGAGACCCUCUUACAAGGAUCGGCAGCGGAUAUAAAUUUCGAGAUGUAA